CAACAACUAAACAAUCGCUGGAAGGAAUUUCUAGUACGGAGACUAUCAUGGCGCCAACCUCGCACACGAAGCGAAAGUCCGAAGAUGAGGCGCGGCGGCCAAAGAAGAAACCGAGGAUCAAACGACAGACAGACUACCACAGCUCCGAAGAUGAAGAGGCGGAGGCCGACGAGGACAUUUACCUUCAUCUGCAACCAACGCGGACAGGUGCAAACACCGUAACACCAAAGUCCAUCUUGAAGACGAGGCUUCAGAAGCCCAAACCGGAUCCGGCGGAAGCAGAACCGACCUCUGGCGAAGAAGACGUGGAACUCGAUGAAGUGGAUCGCAAUACCGCCCUGAACGUCGUCGCUGAUGAUGAAGAGCAAGAGGCGAGUGAUGCAGAGCAGGACUCGGACGCAGAGUCAGACUCAGAGCCAGCCGAGUCCGAAGAUGGCGUAUCGAUAACGUCGAGCGCAGCGACAAAAGCGAAAAAGAAGCGGAACGAUCCCGAUGCAUUCGCAACCAGCAUCUCCAAGAUCCUGUCAACUAAACUCACGCAGCCGAAGCGACUGGACCCUAUCCUGAGCCGGAGUAAAGAGACGGCCGCCACAACUCAACGAGUCGCCGAUGCGAAGCUCGACCACAAGGCCCGUGCGGUUCUUCGAGCAGAGAAAAAGCAGGCGCUGGAGAAGGGACGAGUAAAAGACGUGCUGGCUUUGGAACGACCGAAUGUGGAUACGGGGGCCCUGCUGGAGCAAGAAAAGAGGUUGAAGAAGACGGCGCAGAGGGGUGUGGUGCGAUUGUUCAAUGCCGUCCGAGCUGCGCAGGUCAAGGCUGCGGAAGGAAUGAAGCAGGCGCGGGAUGAGGGUGUGGUAGGGAUGCAGAAGCGAGAGGAGACGAUCAACGAGAUGUCGAAGCAGGGCUUCUUGGAUAUGAUUUCGCUGGGUGGGAAGAAGGUUGGUGCUGGGGCAUGACUGGGGCAAACGAGUGCAGCGAGGGAAGACGUGUGGGACAACACUGAAUCGACCGAAGCAAGCAUCAGCACCUUGGUUCAUCAUAAACCGAUCAAAUAUUCCACAGGAACAAUUGCUCAAAUGUCAUUGACUUCAUCACGCC